AUGGACGGGAAUGGGGAGUGGGGCCCCGACGGCGGCUCCGCGUUCAACGGCGCGACAGGCGGCGGGAUUGUCGGCCAUGGCGGCCAAGGCGGUCACGGAGAUUACGCCGAGGAAGGUGAUUACGGGGAAGAGGACGGCGCGUAUGAGGAUUAUUUGCCGGAGGACGGCGGCCCUGGUCCUCCGCACGCCCAAGGCGGAGAGGAGUACGGGGAGUACGCGGAGUAUGGGGAAGAGGGCGCGGGGAUGAGCGGAGGGUACGCGGAGCAGCAGGGGUAUAUGGAAGAGGGGGGAUACGGGGGGGAUGGUGGUGAAUAUGGAGGGGAAUAUGAAGGGCAGGAGGGAUAUGAGGGACAGGAAGGAUAUGAGGGGCAAGAGGGUUACGAAGGUCAAGAGGGUUACGAGGGAGAAGAAUACAUGGAGCACGAGAUAGGUGACCAGCAGUACGACGAAUAUGGUAACCCUAUUGGCGAAGGAGAGAUGUACGACGAAUAUGGUAACCCUAUCGGCGGAGAGGAGCUGUUAACCCAGCAGCAACAGCAGCAUCAGCAUCAGGGGCAGUACCAUGCGCAGGGUCCUGGUGGUGUAGCCAUGUCACCCCAUGGCUCGCAAGGAAGCUACAGGGAAGGGCCUAGCCCGGGGAGAGGAUCGGCAGCAGCAGCAGCAGGGAUGGUGCCUCUGCAGCAGCAACAGCAGGAGCAGUAUGAGGGGGAGUAUGACGAUCAGGAGCAGUAUGCGGAGGGGCAUCAGGAGGGGUAUGAGGGCGAGGAGGGGUAUGAGGGUCAGGAGGGUUACGGAGGGGAGGAGGGGUAUGAGCAGGAGGGGCAGGAGGGAAUGGUGUAUGGACAAGGGCAGCACGAGCAAGGGGAUUAUGAAGAUGGGCAGUAUGAGGAGGGGUAUGGCGAUCAGCAACAGUACGGCAAUCAGCAGCAAUACGGAGAGCAGGGUCAAUACGAAGGGCAGGAGCAGUAUGAGGGCCAGGAGCAGUAUAUGGAAGGGGAGUAUAUGGAAGGGCAAUACCCAGAAGAUGGGCAGUAUGAGCAAGGGCAAGGGGACAUGGGGUACGAGGGGGAAGAAGGGGCGGUGUAUGAAGGCGAGGUGUGCACCUGUGAGGAGUACGGUGGAGUCCCCCACGAGCCUCAUGAUUUCCAUGAUGAUAAUGGUAUCAGAGCAGGAGGAUACGAAGGCCACGACCCGGGGGGGGUUGGGAACGGGCAGGGGUAUGCUGAGGGAGGGAUGGAGGGGGAGGAGUAUGUGGAGGAGGGGUAUAUGAUGGGGGAGGAGGGGUAUGGUGGGCAUGAGGGAGGGUAUGUGAACGAGUAUGGGGAGCAGGUGGAGUGGGUGGAAGGGGAGGAAGGGUACGUGGGGGAAGGGGGAGGGGAAGGGAUGGAAGGUCAUGACGGGAUGGGGGGUAUGGAAGGGAUGGGGCACUAUCCCGUGGGAGCAGCAGGGAUAGGUGUUUCUGGUGCUGCUGCUGGUGCUGUAGGUGGUGGUGGUGGUGGUGGUGCUAUGUACGGGGAAGACGAGGGGGAUGAGGAUGAUGCUGAUGGGAGGAUAGAACAUGAGAUAGAUGAGGAGGAUGAGUUUGGCGCGUAUGACCUUGCACUGAGGAAGCACCUAUCGGGGAUUCCAGAGGGGGACGAAGAGGCAGAGGCGGAAACGCCUGCUCCGCGGGCUAAGGGGAAGUUUGUUCUUCCAUCCAUGCUGGAACAGGGUGGGAGGAUUGAGGAGGGGAGUGAUGAGGGCGGGGGAGGGGACUGGGAGGAAGGGGAUCGGGAGGAGGACGAGGAGGGAGAGGAGAGGGAAGGGGAGGAAGGGGAGGAGGAGGAUGAGGUACGGGGCAGAAGGGAGCAUGGGAGAGGGGGUCGAGGGGAGCAGGAGGGUUAUCGAGACGGGGAAGGGGAAGGGGAAAUGGAAGGGGAUGGGGAAGCGCAAGGUCCGGGGUCAGUGGUCUCGUUCGAGAGCGGUGAAGAAGGGUUGGAUGAGGAUGAGCAGGCUAGAGGAGUGGUGGAGAGCCGGAUAGUGGAGUCAGGUCGGGCUUUAAACAAAACGAGCACUGGUUCUGGUUCUACGAGAGAGAACGAGACAGGAUCUGUGAUAGAGAGGGAUACCGCUGCUAAGAGCUGGGGUAAGUUUGCGCACCCUGCGUUGGGUAGGGGAGGGAGGAAGAACGGGGGGAGAGUGAAUGGGGAGGUGAAGGGGGAGUAUGGGGGAAUGAAUGGGGAUGUGUUAUAUGAAGAUGAUGAGGAGGGAUAUGGGGAGGAUGAGUAUGGGGAGGAGGGGUAUGGAGAGGAAGGGUAUGGGGAGGGGUAUGGGGAGGAAGGAGAGAUGGACGAGGAGGGAGAGAGGUAUAUGGAAUAUGAAGGAGAGGAGGGGUAUGGGGAGAGGAGGGGGAGAUCGGGUGGCGAGGAGGAGAGGGAGGAAGGGGGAGAGAGCGGAGGAGAGGGAGAGGGCGAGGGAGGGGGAGAAAGCGGAGGAGAGGGAGAGGGCGAGGGUGGGGGAGGGGGAGAAGGAGAGGGAGGGGGAGGGUUUGCGUUGCUGUCAAUGGGGAAAGAUGUGCCAUUGGCGUUGGAAGGUCAGCCUGUGGAUUAUUCGGUUGGGGAUCUGGAAAAAGCCUUUCGUGCCAUGCAGGGUGGAGGAGGGGCAGCGGGAGGGGCAGAGGGGGCGGGAGGGUCCCUUGCUUCUGCCUUCUCCGCUGCAGCAGCAGCAGGAGCGGGAGCAGGAGCGGCGGACGCGAGAGCAGAGAAGGGUGGUGGUGGUGGCAAGUCGGGACAGAAAGGGAGUGGAGGGGGAGGAGGAGGCGGAGGGGGUUUUGCUCUGCUAGAGCUACAGGAUGGGAUCGAUGGGUUGAUUGGGCAACCUGGGCAGCGGAUAGAUGAUUCUGUUGGGGAUUUGGAGAAGGCUUUUAGGCAAAUGCUGGGCGGGAAGCUGGGACAGGGGCAGGGGCAGGGGGUGCAAUCGGGGGGCAGAGGUGAAGCAAGGGGAGGUGAUGAGGAAGGGGAGGAAGGGGAGGAGGGGGAGGAGGGAGAAGAGGGAGAUGAGGGAGAUGAGGGGGCUGGGAUGAGCUUAAUGGAUAGAAUGAAUCAGCUGCAGCAGAUGCAGGGGGGCGGGGGCGGGUUGGGAAGUCAGAUGGGCGGGUUUGGAGGCAUGGGGAGUCCUAUAGGUGGUGGCGGCGGCCUAGGCAGUCCCAUGCUGGGAAAUGGUUUAGGCAGCCCUGCUUUCGGUGGGCUGGGUAGCCCUCUUUCUGCUCUCAACAGCCCCAUGGGUUUCCCUUUGCAAGAGAAGUUUCAGGGGCAGGGGGAGGGGAAGGGAGAGGAGAGGGGUGGAGAGGAGGGCGACGAGGAGGGGGAUGAAGAGGAGGAGGAAGAGAACAGGGAGGAGGAGGAUUUGCCUCCUACCCCUGUUCCUGCGAAUGCGCUGCAGCUUAUGAUGCGUGAGAGUAAGAAGUUUAUGGAAGCUGAGGAUGAGAGUGAUGAUGAUAGCUUCGCACAGGAGGCGAGGGAGCAGGCUGAGCUAGAGGCAGCAGCUGCUGCAGCCGCAGCAGCAGAAGCAGCAGGAGGAGGAGAGGCGGAGGAAGAGGAGGGAGAUGAGGAGGGAGGGGGAGGUGGUGCAGGUGGGUUUGGUAUUAUGGAUCGGUUGUUGAGUUUCCAAGAGGGGUUGGAGGAUGGCGAGGGGGGUAUGGGGGGUGGGAUGGGGUUUGGCGGGUUUGGGGGGUUUGGGGGAUUUGGCGGAGGGGGUGAUGGGGGUGUGGGGGGGGCAGGAGGGGGAGGGGGAGGGGGUGGAGAAGGAGGGCUUAUGGGUGCAUUUGCCCGACUGCAACAGGCUUCUGGUGGACAAGGGGGAGGUUUUGGCAGGGACGGAGGUGAAGGGAGGGAGGAAGGAGGUGAUAUGGACAGGGACGGGGAUGGGGAGGAGGAAGGGGGUUUUGGGAGUGAGGGAGAGGGGAGUGUGCUGGAGCAUGAUAUAGAGGAAGAAGGGGAGGGGGAGGAGGAGUAUGGGGAGGAGGAAGAGGGGGAAGAGGGGAUGGGUGAGAGGGGAGGAGGGGGGCGUGGUGGAGGUAGGGGAUGGGGGUUUCCAGGAAGGAGCAACGGAGGAGGACCAGAGGAAUACGAUGGGGAAGGGGAGGAGAAUGGGGAAGGAGAAGGAGAGGUGGAGGAGGGGGAGGAGGAGGGAGAGAGAGGUGGUGAUGGGGAAGAAGGGUAUGAUGAGGAUGGUCCACAAGACAUGGGGUAUGGUGGAGAGGGGGAGGAGUACCAAGGGGAAUACCAAGAGGAAUACCAGGGAGAAGGUGGGGCGGAAGGUGAAAGGGAGGGGUAUGAUGAGGAGCAGGAGAGGUAUGAUGGGGAAGAAGAGGGGAUGCAGCAGGAAUAUGGAGACCAGCAGUACCACCAGGAGGGGCAAUACGAGGAGGGGCAGUAUGGCGAGGAGGAGCAAUACGGUGAGCGAUUGGAGGGGCAGUUGGAGCAGGGGGAGAUGGGCGGGUUGAGUCAAGAGCAGCAGGAUUUAGAUCCUGAGCAGGAAGGGUUUUACUCUGAUGAAGCAGGUGGGCAGGUCUAUAACGAGGAUGGGUAUGAAGGGCAGGGAGAGGCGCAGGAGUAUGGGGAAGGUGACAGGGAGGGGUAUGGUGGAGAAGGGGAGGGGAAUGAAGGGAAAGGGAUGCAUGAGGGGGAGUAUAUGGAAGGAGAGGGGGAGCAUAUACAUGGGGAGGAGUAUUUAGAGGGAGAGGGAGAGUAUGCGGAAGGGGAAACGGGGGAGUAUAAGGAAGGGCAGGAGAAUUUUGUGGACGAGAAUGGGCAGUACGUGGAUGAAAACGGGCAGCUGGUGAAUGAGAAUGGGCAGUAUGUGGAUGAAAACGGGCAGUUGGUGAAUGAGAAUGGGCAGUUUGUGGAUGAAAACGGGCAGCUGGUGAAUGAGAAUGGGCAGUAUGUGGAUGAAAACGGGCAGUUGGUGAAUGAAAAUGGGCAGUUUGUGGAUGAAAACGGGCAGCUGGUGAAUGAGAAUGGGCAGUAUGUGGAUGAAAACGGGCAGCUGGUGAAUGAGAAUGGGCAGUAUGUGGAUGAAAAUGGGCAGCUGGUGAAUGAGAAUGGGCAGUAUGUGGAUGAAAACGGGCAGCUGGUGAAUGAGAAUGGGCAGUAUGUGGAUGAAAACGGGCAGCUGGUGAAUGAGAAUGGGCAGUAUGUGGAUGAAAACGGGCAGUUGGUGAAUGAGAAUGGGCAGUUUGUGGAUGAAAACGGGCAUUUGGUGAAUGAGAAUGGGCAGUAUGUGGAUGAAAAUGGGCAGUUGGUGAAUGAGAAUGGGCAGUAUGUGGAUGAAAACGGGCAGCUGCUGAAUGACAAUGGGCAGUACGUGGAUGAAAACGGGCAGCUGGUGAAUGAGAACGGGCAGUAUGUGGAUGAAAACGGGCAGCUGGUGAAUGAGCAUGGGCAGUAUGUGGAUGAAAACGGGCAGCUGGUGAAUGAGAAUGGGCAGUAUGUGGAUGAAAACGGGCAGCUGCUGAAUGAGAAUGGGCAGUAUGUGGAUGAAAACGGGCAGUUGGUGAAUGAGAAUGGGCAGUUUGUGGAUGAAAACGGGCAUUUGGUGAAUGAGAAUGGGCAGUAUGUGGAUGAGAACGGGCAGCUGGUGAAUGAGAAUGGGCAGUAUGUGGAUGGAAACGGGCAGCUGGUGAAUGAGAAUGGGCAGUAUGUGGAUGAAAACGGGCAGCUGGUGAAUGAGAAUGGGCAGUAUGUUGAUGAAAACGGGCACCUGGUGAAUGAGAACGGGCAGUAUGUGGAUGAAAACGGGCAGCUGGUGAAUGAGAAUGGGCAGUAUGUGGAUGAAAACGGGCAGCUGGUGAAUGAGAAUGGGCAGUAUGUGGAUGAAAACGGGCAGCUGGUGAAUGAGAACGGGCAGUAUGUGGAUGAAAACGGGCAGCUGGUGAAUGAGACUGGGCAGUAUGUGGAUGAAAACGGGCAGCUGGUGAAUGAGAACGGGCAGUAUGUUGAUGAAAACGGGCACCUGGUGAAUGAGAACGGGCAGUAUGUGGAUGAAAACGGGCAGCUGGUGAAUGAGAACGGGCAGUAUGUUGAUGAAAACGGGAGGCUGGUGGACGAAAACGGGCAGUACAUAGAUGAAACCGGGCAGUACGUGGAUGAGAACGGGCAGUACUUACAAGAGGAUGGGGCAGGAGAAUUAGGGUUUGACGACGGGGGAGGGUUUAUGAGUGACGGGAUGGGAGGGAUGCGGAGAGGCACACCUUUAGAGGUGGUGUACGAGGAGGGGGAGGAGCAGCUGGAGGAGCAGGAGGAUGAAGGGGAGGAAGGAGAGGGGUAUCGCCAGGAACAGGGUUAUAGUGAUGGGCAGGGUUAUAGUGACGGGCAGGAGCAGUAUGAGGACGGUCAGGGCAGCUUCAUUGAACGGCCGGAUGUGGAGCAGCAGGAAUCAUACGGUGGAGAUGCGCUGGGCAGCUUUAUUGAACGGCCGGAUGUGUCUGGUGAUGGUCAGGGGAGCUUCAUUGAACGGCCAGGUUAUGAGGGGGGGGAGGAGGAGGGGUAUGGAGGAGAGGAGGGGGAGUAUGGGGAAGAGGAGGGGGUAGGGUAUGUGGAUGCAGAUGGGAACUACGUGGAGCAAGGGCAGCAAGGGUAUGUGGAUGAAAAUGGAAAUUUCGUGGAAGGAGGGCAAGGGUACGUGGAUGAGAAUGGAAAUUUCAUCGAAGGAGGGCAAGGGUAUGUGGAUGAGCAUGGAAACUUCGUGGAAGGAGGACAAGGAUACGUGGAUGAGAGUGGAAACUUCGUGGAAGGAGGGCAGGGGUAUGUGGAUGAACAUGGGAACUUUGUUCCGAUGCAUGAGGGGGAGUUUAUGGAAGGAGGAGAGGGAUACGUGGAUGAAAAUGGUAACUUUGUACAGCAGGGUCAAAUUCAGCAGCAGCAUCAGCAGGAGCAGCAGCAAGGUUACGUGGACGAGAAUGGAGAUUACAUCACAGAACAGGGGGGGGUGGGGGAAGGAGAGGGGGAGGAAGGAGGAGAGGGCCAAGGCCCUCUCAGUCCCAUGGGGGGGUUUAUGUCUGGACAGGGGAUGAUGGGAGGCGGGCAUGCGGGCAUGGGUCCUGGGUUCGGGCCGAUGAGUGCCAUGGCUCCCCUGUCCCCCGCGUCUCCCAUGGGAGCAGGCAAUUCCAUGAGUUUUGCAUCUGAGGAGCAGCAUCAGGCGUAUGGGCAUGGGCAGGGGCAGGGGCAGCAGUAUUAUGAGGAGGGGCAGGGGGAGCUAGGGCCUAUGAGUCCCAUGUCCCCGUAUGGCAAUCAGGGGCAGCAGCAGGAGCAGUAUGGUAUGGGCGUUCUUGGCAGCCCUAUUGCAGGAGGAGGAGGAGGAGGAGGCGGAGGUGGCGGUGGCAUGUUUCCGCCCAGUCCCCGCAGCCCCCACAUGCCCAUGCACCCGCCUUCCCCCAGCCAAAAGUUCCUGCAGCAGCAACAGCAGCAGCAGGGGCAGCAGGGACGGCGCAUGAUACGGCACGACUCGUCCCGAUCGUUUGACGACCGGGCUUCCAGCAGUCGGAUGUCUUUCACCGAACGCGACAACAGACCCUUCCCUGGUGCUGGUGUUGGUGAUAAUUAUGCUGGUAGUUCUGCCCCUGGACUCUCCCCUACUGCCUACUCCCCUGUAGACUUUUCCGGCCGCCCCAACCCCCCCUGGGCCUCAAGCCCUGGGGGAAUGGGGGGGCGGGGGGGAGGGAGAGGCGGCGCACACAGGGCAGGGAGCAAGUCGUACGGGGGGGAGAUGGACAGAUACACAGGGAGGGAGCGGUGGGCGAUGGGGCAGGGGAUUGAGCUGGAGCGGCCGAAGAGCCGGCAGGGGGGGUAUGAUGAGAAUGGACGGCCGGUGAGUCGGCAGGGUGGGUAUGAUGAGAACGGGAGGCCGUUGAGUCGGCAGGGGGGAUAUGAUGAGAACGGGAGACCGUUGAGUAGGAGAGGGUCGAGGGAUGAUGAGCGGCCGUUGAGUCGGCAUGGUGAAAGACCGAGUAGCAGUAGGUCGUUUAGAGGCGGGUAUGAUGGGCUGAUGUCGCCACAGCAGCAGCAGCAGCAGCAGCAGCCGCCGCCGUGGCAGCAGCAGCAGCAGGAGCAGCCGCCGUGGCAGCAGCAGCAGGAACAGCCGUGGCAGCAGCAGGGGAUGGGCAGUGCGAGCAGCAGCAUGCAUGGUGGAUCGGUUCAGGAGCGGGGUUCGUUCCAAGAGCGAGGGUCGUUCAAAGAAAGGGGGUCUUUUCAAGAAAGGGGAUCUAUGCAGGAAAGAGGGUCGAUGCAAGAACGAGGGUCGUUUCGGGAAAGAGGAGUGAGACCGGGCUCGUUCCGAGAACGACCAGGACAGGGAUCCUUCCGGGAAAGAGGCUCGUUCAGCGAGCGAGGGUCCUUCCAGGAAAGGGGAUCGUUUCGCGAGAGGCAGGGGCAGGGGGGGGGCAUGGGGCAAGGGGAAUCGGACGAUCCUUAUGCGGAGGAGGCAUAUAUCUCAGAGAAAAUGCCCACGCUAAGAGCAGAAGGGUUGCCGGCAGCCGCUAGGGGCAGCGGUGGAGGAGGGGGAGGGGGAGGGGGAGAUGGAGGAGGAGGAUAUGGGCGUAGACUGUCUGGGAGCCGAGACGGGCAGCAGAACGAGGAGUUUGCGUUCGGGCAGCUGGGAGGGGGCGGAGGGGGAGGAGGAGGAGGGAUGUAUGCAGUGCCUGAAGAGGGCGAGGAGGAGGAAGAGGAGGAUGAGGAUGACUCUCCCAGUCCGGAAAUGGUUACCAGAACCACCAGUGUGCGAUCGAGCCGGUCCGGAGGGUCGAGAUAUUCUCGAGAUGGGGCUGAUGGGGGGCUGAGUGGAGGGAGCGAGGGCGAAGGCGAGGGGAGUCCCAUGGGGGGUGGUGGAUUCGCGUUCGGAGCUUCAGCUCCUGGUGGUGGGGGAGGUGGUGGUUUGGGGGGUUACGGGGGAGAUUAUGGAGGGAUGGGCGGAGGAGGAGGAGGGGUGGGAGGAGUGGGGGUUGCGGGGCAGUAUGGGGAGUUUGGGGGAGGGUUAGGGUUAGGGUUGAUAGGAGGGGAGCUGGGACCAGUUCCCGAGGUGGAUGAAGAUGCAUUGGAAGAAGAGGAAGAGGAGGAGGAGGAGGAGGAGGGGGAGGAGGGGGAGGAGGGGGAGGAGGGGGAGGAAGAAGGGGGGUUUUCUGCGGGAGAGUUUGAUGGGCGGCAGUUAGAGGAGAGUGGUGUGGGAGAGAGUGAGUUGGAGGAAGGGGAGGUGGGGGAAGGAGAGGAGGACGGAGAGGAGGAGGGAGAGGAGGAGGAGGAGUACGGUCAAGGGUAUGGGGAAGGGCACGGGGAGGAGUAUGGGGAGUUUGGGAGCCCGAUCGGCAUGGGAGGGGCAGGGGCGAUGGGGCGAUAUGAGAUGGAGGCUGGAGAUAACUUCCAGUUGCCGCCACAGCAGGGGCAAGGGCAGGGGCAGGGGCAGCAGCAACAGCAGGGAGGGCAGGAUGAGCUGAAUGCGUGGCAGCAGCAGCUAACGUCUCAGAUGUACUCACCUCGACCGCAGCUGCCAGCGCAUCUCAUGCAUCAGAUGGGCAUGGGUGCCGGCACAGAUUCUCCCUUCCAGCAGCAGCAGCAGGGGCAGGGACACGGGGGUAUGAUGAUGCAGCUAGGCAUGCUUUCCCCACGCCCGGACAGGAACCAGCAGCUGCUGGUGCAUGCGCCAAUGCUGCAGCCGGGGCAGGGACAGGGACAGGGACAGGGACAGGGGCAGCAGCAGCAGCUGCAGCCGGGAGCAGGGGUUGCGCCCCAGGCCCCUCUACAGGCAGUGCAGCCGCAGCAGCCGUCCCCACCAGCCAAGAAACGGUCUCCCAGGCAGCAGAAGCAGCAGCAGGCGCAGCAGCAGCUGCUGCAGGCUCAGAAGGCUGCUAGCUCCCCGUCCCCCCUCUCCCAGCAGCAGCAACAGCAGCAGCAGCAGCAGCAGCAGCAGCAGCAGCAGCAGCAGCAGCAGCAGCAGCAGCAGCAGCAGCAGCAGCAGCAGCAGGUGCAGGUAUCAGGGUCACCCGUGCAGCAGCAGCAGCAGAGGGCUCCAAUCACGCCUCAGCCCCCUCCUCCUGAGCCCGAGGGUCAAAAGGGAGGGAAGAGGAGGCCGCAGCAGAGGAAGGGCCUGAGGAAGAACCAGCAGGGAGCAGGGCAGUUGGGUGCAGGCACUGGCGAGCAACAGCAGCUGCAGCAGCAGCAGGGGCAGCAGGGGCAGGGGCAGCAGCAGGGGCAAGGGCAGACGAGUGGUUCUGGUUCUGGUGCUGAUGCUGGUGUUACUGCUGGUGGUGGUGGUGAGGGCUCUGUUGGGUCUGGUACAGGGCAGCAGAAGGCUUUGGGUAAGAAGGCAGGGAAGAAGAAGAGCAGCAGCAAGGGAAAGACGAGCAAGAAAGGAGGAGGCUCCAAGGGGCAAACAGAACAGGAGCAGCAGCAGCAGCAGCAGCAGCAGCAACAGCCGACAGCAAUCAAGUCUCUAGAAGAGUUAGAUGCUCUCAAGUCAAUGCAGGUGCAGGGGUACUAUGCUGGAGAGGAUGGGAUGUUACAUAACAGCCCUGGCACCGGCAGCAGCAACGGCCGCAACGCUGCCACUGCUGAUACACCACCAGGAGCAGGAGCAGGAGCAGGAGCAGGAGGAGGAGGAGGUGCGCUGCUUGCAGAGGGCCCUGAUUCCUUUGUGGACUUGAAUCUGGAAGAGAUUGGGGAGGCGGAGACAGGAAAGCAGCUCGUGUUUGCAGGGCAGGCAGUGGAGCGAGCGGGAAGGGCAGCAGGAUCGAACCGAGAGAGCAGAGCGAGCAGAGCAGGCAAAGGCAUGGGAGGUGCAGGUGGGAGUGCGGUGGGGGAAUCAGACAUGCAGGGAGCAGUGUCGGGGCGCAAGAGGAGCAGCAGUAAGGAGGCUGUUGCGAGCACACGGCGGCAGCUGUUCCCUUCGCCGCAACAGAAGACAACCGUCCCAUACUACGGCUCCUUCUCCCCGGCCUCGCUCCUCCACUCCGCGCAAGUCCUGGAGCACCAGCAGCAGCGCUCUCAGGGCUACUCUGCGCUCGACCGCUCGCUCCUCACCGCCAUCCUCUCCGCCCUCGACUCGCCCUGCGACUGGCUCUCCUUCUCCCUCGUCUGCAAGUCCUGGCGAGCCGUCGCUUACCACGGGCUACGCUCCCUCCGCCUGGUGCGAGGCAGGAGGGUCACCCUCGAGGGGUUAAUCCGAGCCCUCGCUCACUGCCCGAACCUCACGUGUUUGGAUAUUCCGGGGAUGUGCUUGGAUCAGCCGGUAGGGAACGAUCUGCUGUGUACGAUUGGGUACUCGUGUCCUGAUCUACGGCGGCUGUCGAUCGGUGCGGAUUCAGAGCUAGGGUCGACGUUUCAGGAGAGCGGGCUGGCGAUGCUGUUCUCGGGGUGUACGAAUCUUGUGGAGUCCCUCUCCCUCAACUUCCACAACGGCCAGCACCACGUGCGCCUACCCGACUCCGUAUCCAACCUAACCGCUCUCCACUCCCUCGAACUCGCCUUCCACUACCCCGCAUCCCUCCCGCCCUCCCUCUGGUCCCUCACCAACCUCCAAACUCUCCGCCUCGUCGGCUGGAAAGGCCUGGCUUUCCUCCCCAACUGCAUCGGCGACCUUCGCAGCCUCUGUACUCUUGAUCUCCGCUGCUCCGACUUAGUCGACCUCCCUCCCUCCGCCGGAUCCCUCCCGUUCCUCCGAGAACUAGUCUGGGAGACCAGGCGCACGCGGGAAAUGGAGCUGUACGGCUCAUCCAUCCCGCCCUCCAUAAUCGCUUUCUCCGACAUAUCCCAUCUCACGCUCAAAAACGUCUGGACCGCAUCGGACGAUCUGCAGCACUUGACCUCUCUCACGCGGUUAGAGCUCUGGGGCGCUAAGGGGCACUUGCGGGUGCUCCCAGAGGCUCUAGGCGAGCUAGACCGGCUGGUCUAUCUCGACGUAAGAGGGUCGUUCCGUGUCGUUCCCUCCUCCAUAGGCCGCCUGCGCCGCCUCGAGACCCUCAUGCUGCUCAGCGAAGUUUUGGAGCUGCUGCCCGCGGAGCUCGGGCAGCUCACGAAUCUCCGCGAGCUGAGGCUCGAUGGGUGCCGGUCUAACCCCAAGCUGCCCGCGUCUCUCUGGACUCUCCACAACCUCCGAAACCUCUCCAUGCCCUGCGACCGAGUCCCUGAAGAGAUCGGUAAUCUCAACUCUCUUCACUCCCUUGCAAUCGAAUCCGAUACCCCCCGUUCCCUUGCCAACACCUUCCUCCCUGCUCCCAUCGGCUGGUUGUACGAGCUAAAAGAGCUCCGGCUAGUCUGCCCCUACGUUCGCUCCCUCCCCUCCUCCUUCGUCCUUCUGGGGAACCUACUCGACCUCCAGUUGCAAUUUUCCGGGCCGCUUCCGAAGAAUUUCGGCGAGCUGAACUCUCUGCAGAGGCUCGUAUUGGACAGCCGGGAAGUUUACGCGCUGCCCGAGUCUUUCGGGGAGAUUCGCACGCUCGAGUCCCUCACUCUGGUCUGCGAAAAACUUGCGUCGCUGCCCGACUCGUUCGGGAACCUCUCCUCGCUGCGCUCGCUCACCCUCGUCCACUGUGCAAAUCUUUCCACGCUGCCCGUCUCCUUCGGGAAGCUGAAAAAUCUUUCCCGGUGGGAGGCGCAGUGCAAGGAGCUUUCCUGGCUGCCCGUGUCAGUGGGCAAUUUAGUUUCUCUCCAAAGCUUGGAGCUUGAGAGUGAUGUGAUUACUCAGUUACCAGACACGUUUGGUAACCUGCGGUCACUCCGGAGCCUUCGUCUUGUGUGCCCGGCGCUGCGCUCGCUGCCUGCUAGCUUCCGGAACCUUCCGGACCUGGUGCAGGCGAAUGCUGGAGUGGGCUCGUUGCUGGGGCACAACAAAAAUCUUCCUGUUUCCUCACGGAACGUCCUCUUUGUCGAAGCAGCAGGAGUAGCGGGAGCAGCGCGGGUAGCGGAAGCAGCGCGGGUAGCGGAAGCAGCGCGGUUAGCGGAAGCCGGGGGAGGAAUAGGAGCAGUGGGAGGAGAGCGAGGAGCGCAAGUAGCGGGAUUUGCCGGUAGCAGCGCAAUUAGCGGGAAUAUCGGGAGUAACGGGAGGAGCGGGAGGAGCAGGAGUUGCGGUGUAGCAUUCUUCCUAUACCGGCUAGGUUCUUAUCGAAUUAAGUCUACUACGAUGACGGAGUACUGGGUGAGCCAGGGGCAGCACUGGUGCGAGUACUGCCGCAUAUUCCUGGCCAACAACGCGGCGUCCAUCCGCAUGCACGAGGGCGGCACCAAACACAAGGAGGCCGUCGCUGCCAAGCUCAGCGCGAUACGCAGGGAGGGCAAGCAGAAGGAGCGCGAGAAGGAGGAGGCUGAGCGGGCUAUUGCCGCUAUAGAGGAGGCAGCGAAGAGGCAGUACGAGAAGGACGUAGCGGAGCAGAGGCGGCAGCAGCACCAGCAGCAGAAGGGAUCAGAGAUGCAGCAGCACAGAGAAGCAGUGGCUGCAGCCGUUGCUGCUGUCGACGCCGCUUCCUCUGCUGCUGCUGGUGGUGGUGGGGAAUCGGCGGGAGAGCCGACCAUUCCCCCUCCACCGCCUCCCCCCCAGUCGAAAAACGUUUCUGCUGAUGAGUGGGUACUGGAGGAGAGCAGCGGAUACCACUACAGCCACCGCUCGGGUUACUUCUAUGACUCCAAGUCAGGGCUCUACUAUUCAGAUUCCAUUGCGCGCUGGUGCAGCCAUCAGGAGGUAUCCACCCUCUCAGCAGCCUCCCCCAGAAAGCCCUCCCCAGCGGCUCCUAACUCGCAACAACCCACCACUGCUGGCACCACAGCUGCCCGGAAAAACCCUGCCGGGGCAGGCGGGCCUGCCCCAGGCCCCGUUCGGGCAGGCGCCAAGAAAGCUGUGGGCGGGAAGGCGGUGGUGAAAGGGGUGGCUUCGUCGGUUGCGUAUGCAGCGGUUGGGCAUUGUGGCGAGAAGCACUCUCACACACAAGCCGGUCCCCACAGAGGAGCAGCAGGAGCUAAGGCACCCAGAACCAGGUAG